AUGUUUCACUAAACUACAAUCCAUGGGUGAUCGUACAUCUUGGCGGUCCUUCAGCCGCUCUAAUGAAGGCCGGCUGUACAAUAACAGUGGCCAUUGCGUUCGAUCGUGUAAGGGCAUUAUACUUUCCUCUGCACUACUAUCAACAAAGGAAGGCUUAUGGAGCAAUUCAUCUACACUAUCCAUUAAUUAAUAUCGGUCACUUAAAGGAAAAGCAUUUCGAAUGUCCUCGUUCAUUAAGGCAUUCACUUUUCUUCUUAGAUGACGAUAUCAGCCCUUUCGGAGAUGUGACGGAAUCGAAACUUUCCAGGAAUGUGGUGAUUGAACCUGGUGCAAAAGGCUGGUCGGUUGGUGCACUCGUAUUCUCGUUGGUUCUCACGUUUAUUGAUUGGAUAGUUCUGCAACUCACAGUAACCAUUGAGCCUGUUCCUGGUUGUGGUUCGUUCGGAUGCUUCACGAAUGAGGUUUUCCGUGCAUAUUGGGGUUUGUCUAACAUGGUAGUGAAUCUAAUAGCUUGUCUCCUCACUUUGGCUAAUCGCGUAGCUAUCUAUAUUCUCCUUGUGUCGGCUACAAUUGGAGUGAUACCGGGAUGUUUAAAUGGUGUUACAACAAUAGUGAAUUUAUCGUUAAAACCGCAUUUUGAUUUGAAGCUUCUAAAUCCUGUUGAAGUCAACGUGUCAGAUGCUUUACUUCAGGUGCUCACUGAGGUGUCAUUUUUUGUCGGAGCAAGUGCAACAUUGUCCGGCCUUUCACAUGCAUUCAUCUUUGGAAUAGCUCACCGUGAUAUUAAAUAUACAAUUUUAAAUAAGAUCUUUAAACAUGGAGCAAUCCCACCGUCGGCAGAAAUAGAAAUGACUAGCCAUAUUGCAGUGUCUUCUUACCAAAGGCAAGUGCAUAUACAGUGA